GUCUGUCUGAGAGAAUCAGCACAAGUGUCUCAGAUGAGGUAACUGAUGGCCAUGGUUUUGAAGUAGGGGUAGGAGCUCACCAAGAGGCUAAGGAAAGAAUGGACAGCAGGUGGUACAAUCCAGGGUGUAGCCUGGAGUUGCAGGAUGGGAGGCAGUGACAGGAUGUGACCAGAGAGUGGCAGAGGGGUGGAGGCAUGGCUGGCCUGGCUCUGGAGGGGGCUUUGCUGGGCUCCUGGCUGGCAGUUGAGAUUGCCUUACUGGGUUUAGCCUCAGUCACUUCCUGCAGCACUUCACUUCCCUUUCAGCGUGUGUCCGUGAAGCAGCCCUGCGGCAGGGCAGGAGGGAACAACCCAGAUCUGUCCUGCCACUGCACUAUGUAUGCCAUGCACAGGGUGCAACAGUGUCCCCAGGCCACAGGGACUUCCCGGGAGGAUCCUGAGGGAUACUGUGCUCCCCUCCAGGGACACCAGACAGGACCCUGCUGUCCGGUCCUUUGGGCCAGGAGGCUCUGCCCCUGCAGGCUGUGUCCGGCAUCCUCCAGGGACAGCGAGCAUGGCGUGGCUUGCGAAUGGCUGGUGGCCCUACUAAGCGGGUUCUGCUGUCCCCCACCAGCACCCCGUCCCUCCUGCACCGGCCCCUCAGGUCCCCUGGUCCCGAACCCCAGGGAGCAAACUUGGCCUCUACCCAUCUGACUCUGGCCUGUGUCACGGAGCUGCUGCAGAUGUCACCGUGGGAGUGCGGCCCACGGCACACAGGGACCAAGUGACCCAGGAAGAGGUCAGUGCCCUCUGCUUCUCCAGAAGAUGCUCCAGGGGCCGCUACCACAGUCCUCUUCCGGUCACUCCAGGAAGCUCAGCUGCUGGUUUGUUUGGCCCCAGAGAUCCUCAGGGAGGGCUGGGAACACAGCCUUGGCUGGGCUGCAGGGGGAGGAGGACCUGCUAGGGGAGGGGCUUGCCUUGUCUUCACACUUACCCACCAGGGGGCUGAGACAGGGGUCAGGGCCCCAGAUGCAGAGAGAGGCCACCCACACUCUUCUCAGGGACCGGGUCAUUCUUGUCCCCAGCAUUGUGACCAAUCCCUGCACUUCUGGGCUGGGCACAAAGACCUUGAGAUUUGCCUUCAGCUGCUGCGAGUGACCGAUGGGCCCACUGCCCACUUGGCACCUGUGUGACCCAGUCCCCAUGCUGGGUUUGGCUGGGGCUUGUAUGUUGGCAGCCAAGCCCUCCCUGUCCCUGUUCCUGAGGGUGAGCGUGCCCUGUGCUCCAGGUCUCCCUACUUUUCGGGGCCUUGCAGGGAGGGGGUCUCUAGCUCGAAGAGCACUGGGUGAUGCUCAAGGGGCACACUGGGCGCUGGUGCCUCACAGCCCCGGGGCCCGCCCGGCUCCCCCCAGGGCCCUGGGACAGGAGCACAGGGACCUGCUGCUCUGCCAGGGCCCUCGGUGGGGUAGAGUGGGGAGGACCUGGGACCAGGCGCUUUCCUCCUGGAAGCUCCACCCGGCACACUGGAUUCAGGCCCUGCACAGUGAUGUCCUCCCUGCAGCCUCCUCCCAGCAGAAGGACCUGACUGGCUGUGUCCCGGCAGCUGGAACAGCCCUGCCCUACUGCCCCGCCCACGUGUGCACACACUGAACUGCUGCUGUGGUUUCCUUCACUGCUUGCUGUCCCCUCUGCCUGUCCCAGCUGCGAGUCUCACCACUCCUGCUGCCACCAAGUUGCCCACCUCGGGCUGGAGUCCAAGUCCCAUGGGAUCAGCAGCAGCCUUCGAGGGAGCGGAGGUCGCUUGUCUGCCGUCCCGGCCGCAGGGCUGCAGCCAAGGAUCUUGGGGCAGCGUCUGCGACCCUCAGCAUUACCCCCAAGGAGAGGAGCGCUCCUGAACUUACAGUCGGGGCAACAGGAACGCCCUCCCGACCCCAGGCUCCGCCAUGGCCAAUGCCACACUGAAGCCGCUGUGCCCAGUCCUGAAGGACAUGAGCCUGCUGGGCAGCCACAGCAACUCCAGCCUGCGCUACAUGGACCACAUCUCGGUGCUGUUGCACGGUCUGGCGGCGCUGCUGGGCCUAGUGGAGAACGGCCUCAUCGUCUUCGUGGUGGGCUGCCGCAUGCGCCAGACCGUGGUCACCACCUGGGCGCUGCACCUGGCGCUGUCCGACCUGCUGGCCUCGGCUGCGCUGCCCUUCUUCACUUACUUCCUGGCCGUGGGGCACUCGUGGGAGCUGGGCACGGCCUUCUGCAAGCUGCACUCAUCUGUGUUCUUCCUGAACAUGUUCGCCAGCGGCUUCCUGCUGAGUGCCAUCAGCCUUGACCGCUGCGUGCGGGUGGUGCACCCGGUGUGGGCCCAGAACCACCGCUCGGUGUCCGUGGCACGCAGAGUGUGCGCGGUGCUGUGGGCGCUGGCGCUGCUCAACACGGUACCCUACUUCGUGUUCCGAGACACCAUCCUGCGACGCGACGGCCGCACCAUGUGCUACUAUAACGUGCUGCUGCUGGCACCGGCUGGCGACCAUAACGCCACGUGUGGCACACGGCAGAUGGCACUGGCGCUCAGCAAGUUCCUGCUGGCUUUUGCACUGCCGCUGGGCAUCAUCGCCGCCAGCCACGCCGUAGUGAGCGCGCGUCUGCAGCGCCGGCCGCAGGGUGGGGUCCGGCCAGGCCGCUUCGUGCGCCUGGUGGCAGCGGUGGUGGCGGCCUUCGCGCUCUGUUGGGGCCCCUACCACGCCUUCAGCCUGAUCGAGGCGCGCGCGCACGCUGUGCCUUCCCUGAGACCGCUGGCCUGGCGCGCGCUGCCCUUCGUCAGCAGCCUGGCUUUCAUCAACAGUGUGGUCAACCCGCUGCUCUACGUGCUCACCUGCCCUGACGUGGGCCGCAAGCUGCGCCGCUCGCUGCGCGCCGUGCUGGAGAGCGUGCUGGUGGACGAUGGCGAGCUGGGCUCCCGCUACCGGCGCAGGGGUGGCUCCUCCUCACCCGCGGUGGCCUCCGCGUCCUCGUCCUUGUCGCUGGCGCCGGCCACUCACCAGGCCUGUUCCCUGCUCCGCUGGCUGCGGGGCUCCCGGGGAACUGGCAGCGACGAUGCGCCCAGCUCGGCCUCCGGGCAGGGCUAGGGCGGGUAGAGUCGGGAAACCGCGGCCCCCGCGUCCCUAACUCUGACUCGCGGAAAUAAAGUGUGCGUAAGUGGCGCUUUUCAACCUCA